GAAACCGCCGUUUUGUUUUUUGUAAAAGAAAAAUCCCAAUAAACUGUAUUCACCGUAGAUUUAUUUUGUGUGAAGGAAUUUAAAUAUGUUUUACAAAUCAAUUGAAGAAUAUAAUAUUCAAUUGAAAUGUCAAUAUUCAGUAAGCAGAUUAAAAAGAUUAAAAGCCAAUCGACGAGAACGUGCUAGAAUGCAUGCAUUGAAUAAUGCAUUAGAACAGCUUAGAAUUAUUUUACCUCAUUCUUCUUGUGAAUCAAUAAAACUUAGUAAAAUUGAAACAUUAAGGCGUGCACGUGAUUACAUCAUAUCCCUAAUUGAUUUAUUAAAUAAAUCUCCACAUUCAAAUCAAUCAAUCAAUCAACCAAUUAUAAUUCAAUAAUUCAACAAGAAUCCCGGUGAAAUGUAAACAGUAUUAUUUAAACUUUCCACGGAUACAGAUCACUAUCAUCAUUCAACAGUUACUACUAUGUUGUCCAGAUAACUACUACUUUAAUAAUAAUACUAAUGUAGUGUUGACCGGAUAACCUUUUUAAUUGUCAAUUGUCAUGUUGGUUGGAGAUUAUUUCAUC